UACACCAGAGAGAGUUUGGGGGGCUGGUUUUCUCUCUCUCUGCGCCGUACAUCGGGGGGUAAUUGGGCAGGAGACCCCCAGCUGCUCUCCCCCUCCCCUCUCUGUGCCCCACAAGAGCCCGUCCCGUCUCAGAAGGCGGGACCUCACCCGCCUGGGCUGCUGUGUCAUUUUUAGCGUCUCUGUCCCCCUUCUUUCCUCUGUCUCUCGGAGCCACCCAGCAAGCUGGGGCGGACCCACAGCCGGCUAGGUCUGGGGGAGCUCUCUGUGCUUCAACCCCCCCUCGAAAUUUGCCAAGGGUCCCCCUGACACCGCAUGUGGGGACCCCCCCCCAAAUUUCUUGCCCAGCUCUAGCCUCCCGGACGCCUGGGUUCUUUCGAAGCCUUCACCAGGUCAGCAGCUCUUGUGCCCGGGAUGGAUUUUGCCACCCUAGGGGGGCAGGAGGUGACCCCCCAUUUCCUGGAGCCCCCCCUCCUGCCGCCGGCCGAUGAAUCCGCGGUCUUCUUCCACGGAGCCGAGGGUGGGGACCCCGGCGCACUCGCUACCUACUUCUCCCGGACGCCGGAGUCCUACCGCAACACGCCGGCGCGCCCCGUGUACCCCCUCCUCAACGGGCUGCAGUGGGUGGACGGGCACCCCUACGCCGCGGCCGGCUGGACCCCCGUCUCCUACGGCAAGCCCCAGGCCGGGGUCCCCCUCUAUCCGGCUCCCCCCUCCUCCUCUUCCUACAGCCCCCCCUCGCCCAAGGAGCAGCCCCCCGAGGACAAGGGCAGCCCCAAGUUCCUGGAGAUGCUGAAGACGGAGCCGAUGAGCCCCUCCACCACCGAGCUGCUGACGUUGGGGUCCCCUGCCGGGGCCCCCCACCCCGCCUACAGCGGGACCCCGGAGUUCGGGUUCUACCAGCCCAGCGGGAGCCCCCUGACGGCUGGCUACUCCCCCAAACUCAGGGGGCCGCUGCAGCUGUCCCCAUGCGAGGCGCGGGAGUGCGUGAACUGCGGGGCCACGGCCACCCCCCUGUGGCGCCGGGACGGCACUGGGCACUACCUGUGUAACGCCUGCGGGCUCUACCACAAGAUGAACGGGCAAAACCGGCCCCUCAUCCGGCCCAAGAAACGCCUGAUCGUCAGCAAGCGAGCGGGCACCCAGUGCAGCAACUGCCAGACGACCACCACCACCCUAUGGCGCCGGAACGCCAGCGGGGAGCCCGUCUGCAACGCCUGCGGCCUCUACUACAAACUGCACAACGUCAAUCGCCCCCUGACGAUGCGGAAAGAUGGAAUCCAGACCCGCAACCGCAAAGUCUCCAGCAAGGGCAAGAAACGCCGGGGGGCGGCUCCGGGCGAGGGGGGGGCUGGGCCCCCCACCCCACUCGAACUGCUCUCCCCCCUGGGCGAGGACCCCACCUCCCUCUACGCCCUCAGCCCCAUGGUCCUGUCCAGCCACCUGCUCCCCUUCUCCCCCUCCACCCACCUCCUCGGGCCCCCCCCAGCCGCCUACCACCACCCCCACGCCUCGCCAGGGGCAGGCGCCUCGCUGGGGUGAUGGGGGCCCCUCGCGGAAGGAGGCUGAGCUGGAAAGAGAGGGCAGCUGGGGGGGGACAUUGGGGUACAGCUGUUGGGGGUCACCCCCCCAGCCACGGAGUUGGGGAUUGGGACAGAGGGGGCAGAGUGUCGGGGUACAGGGGGAUUCUCCUCACCUCAGCAGCCGCAAGGAUUGGGGGGCUCCCCCUAGAAAUGGGGCCACCCUCCACGGGCCUCCCUGAGCUUUGUCUGGGCACACCCCCCGUCUGUCCCAUCCCCAC